AUGGGUUGCGGCGCGAGCAAAGACGCCACCGCAUCCGCGAAGCCGGAUGAGGCGAAAAAGAAGAAAGUCGACGACGACGAGGACGACCCGAAGAAGCGCGUCCCCGAGCGUCGGAAGAGCCAAACCGACGAGGGGAACGCGGUCGACCCGGACUCGGGCUCGACCGCGGCGAACGUCGCCGCGGGGGUCGUCACCGUCGCCGGGUCCGCGGCGAUCAUCGCGGGCGCGACGGACGAAGGCGCGCGCUCGGCCAUGGGCGGCACCGCGGGCAAGGCGUUGCUGACGUUCGCGAAGGAGCUCCCGUGGAUCGCGCCGAUCGCGUUCUUAGUCGGCGGCAUAAUCGCCGCGGCGGACAACGUCUCCGGGCUCAAGCAGGACGCGAAGGUGUUCGCGAAGAACGUGAGAGCGGUCGAGACCGUGCUAGAGGACGCCGCGAAGAAAGGGACGCUGAAGGACGUCGAGGAAGUGUGCGAGGAGCUGAAGUGGUCGAUGGAGGAGGGGCUCGCGCAUCUGCAAAAGCUCAGGACGCAGUACUUCAUCACGCAGCUCGUGAUGUCGUGGCGGAACGUCGCGAAGUUCAAAGAGAUCUCCCAGGAGAUGCACCGACAGCUGGACAUCAUCGCCGCGGCGGCGAGCAUCUCCGCGCACGGGAUGAUCAGCGAGGAGUUCACGCAGGCGGAGGAGCUGAAGAAGACGGUCGACGACAUGGGCGGCCCCGACGUCGUCGCGAGAGACCCGGAGCUGCGCGCGCGGGCGAUCGAGCGUCUGAAAGCGUCCGACGCGCUCAUCAUCGCGUCCGUCGCGGACGUGAAAGAUCAACUCAUCCUGGAAGCGGAACGGAGCAGGAAGCACGUGGAGGGUCUGCUCAGUAAGUCCACGCCGGAGCAAAAAGUUUUGAGCGACCAAGUCUCGAAGCUGACGGACAUGAUGCAGCAGCUCCUGAGCUUCCGCGCUGGGAUCGGGCCGGACGGUCUUCCGCUGCCGGCGCCCGUCGCGCCCGUCGCGCCCGUCGCGCCCGUCGCGCCCGUCGCGCCCGUCGCGCCCGUCGCGCCCGUCGCGCCGCCGCCGCCCGCGGCGGCGCCGGCGGCGGCGCCCGCGGCCGCCUCGGAGGAGGCGCCCGCGCCCGCGGCGGAGGCUGUCGCGGCGGAGGCGGCGGCGCCGCCGCCGCCGCCGCCGCCGGCGUUCGACGCGGCGACGUUCGAGGAGACGAUGAGCGCGGCGGCGGUGCGCGACAUCGCGUCUCGGCUCCCGGUGUUCCACAGCGAACCCGAGCGCCUCGUCGCGGUCGAAGAGGCGGGCUUGGAAGACGACCAGCUCGACGACAUCAUCGGGCGAGAGGACUUGGUCGCGCUCACGGACGCGGCGCGCGAAGAGUUCGCCGCGACGGACGCCUUCAUCGGCAGCGUCGGACACAAGCGUCAGACGAUGCUGUCGUGGACGCAGAAACGACCGGAGGACGCCGUCGCGAGGCACGCUCCCGGGCACUGGAUGCCGAUGGAGACGACCGGGUGCAAGCACGUCGUGAAGAAGGACGCGCCGUUGCAAGCGAACGGCGGGAUCCUCGCGGACACGAUGCGGGACGUCGACACGGGCGCGCCGAUGAGCAACCUGAGCUUGGGCGAGUACACCGCGCUCGCGGAGAGCGGCAACGAGGAGAUGGGCGCGAUGUUUCAAAACCUCGGCGCGACGAUGGAGGGCGCGGCGCCCGAGACGAAGCUAGACGCGCGCGCGUCCGCGAUCGGGUAUCAGAUGUUCGCGGACGGCCCGUUGAACGGCUGCGAGACGCAGCACUACACGGGGAUGCCGAUCAAGCUCGGGGGGAACACGGUGGCGACGUUUUGCGUCGUGGACUCGAAGCGCACGCGCGACGAUAUCUCGUUGGAGAGAGUUCAAGCGUUCGCGGACAAGGCGCGGGCGUUGCUGGAGAAGCGAGCGGAGGAGAGGAGAGCGGCGAACGCCGCCGGCGCCGCGUGA